UUUUUUUUCACACUACAAAUAAAAUCGUCGCCUACCAAAUUACUCUAAUUUUUUUUGUUGGUACGAAUUCCAAAGCACUCUCACUCACUUGUCUCUUUCAGUUUCUCUUCUUCUUCUGUUACCCCACUUCACUCAACCACUCCUAUUCAUUGCUGUUACUAGUAGACUGAUCUUUGGGGGUUAAUUUCAAGCAAUUUUGCUACUUUAAGACUGUAAAAAUUCAUUCUUUUGCUGUAAAAAUUGAAGAUUUCAGUGCCCAAUUCUCUAAAUUGUUUACAAAUUAUUUGAUUUGGGCAUUUGGGUUGUGUUUUGCUGUUUUAUUGUGUAGGUUUGAUGCUUGGAAUGCAUUCAUCUUCAGAGGAAAUGGGUCCCACUGAGGGUGCUGUUCUGGCUUUGCUGGAUUUCCUGGUUGAUCCAUUGCUUCCUGCAAGAACAACUUCAAGAGAGACUAUAACUCUCUCUCAGGAAGUUUUGGUUGCUAAACAGGUGCAUGCAGUAGUAGUGCUGUACAAUUACCACCACAGAAUACAACAUCCAGAUCUCAAAUUUUUGGAUUUUCAGUCUUUCUGCAAGCUGGCUGUGGUUCUGAAACCAAGUCUGCAAUUAUACUUUAAGCUCAUGCAAAGGACAGAUGCUGAGCUGGAACAUAUAGAUGAACAUCUUUCAUUGACAGAGAAAGCGAUCAUGAAUGCUUGUGACAUUUCCAAAAGUUUAGAUGCAUCUAGCAACUACCCGAUCAUUGAAGGUUGGCCUGUUGCCAAAGUUGCUGUUUUCUUAAUUGAUUACAGAAAAGAAAACUGCUAUUUGUUCCAUGGUUCCAUCACACAGGGAGUAUGGUCAACAAUCGAAAAAGAGGUUAAUGGUCCUAGUCAAGGAUCAGAAGCUGUAAAUAAAAAGAAACGAGUCAUUAAAAAGGCUUCGAAAGAGAAUCAAACUGCUGAUGUUAUUGGUCUUCAGCAGCUUGCCUACUUAGCUGUCAAAGAAACAUGUGGUAUUAAUCAGUGUGAUCUUAAAAUCUUGGAGACCCACUUGGUAUAUUCUACAAGCAAACCAAAGACAGCUGUUCGCUUAUUUAUAAUGCAAUGCACGCAAACCAAUCAGCACGCGAAUCUGGUUCCAAUAAAUGAUGUCAUGGACAGCUUGCAAGGUCCAUUGGUUAGAAAAGAUUCCAUCAGUUGGAUAUUUACACCUGUUGUCGAAUAUUUUCACUUGUUGCCAUUUGCCGAUAAAGUGUCAGAUUGCCUCACAAGUAGGGUAAUGUCCCAAAAUUCAUCAGAACAUGUUGAAGUGGCUAAGGAUGAUGGAACUUGCAACAUAAGUCCGGAACAACUAUCCAAUCCUUCACGUAUGCCCCAAAAUUCUUCACAACAUGUCGAAGCGGCAAAGGAUGAUGGGAAUUGCAAAAGUUUUCACAUGAGGCCGGAACAACCAUCAAAUGCUUCACACACGCCCCAAAAAUCUUCACCACAUGUUGAAGCAGCAAAGGAUGACGGAAGUUGCAAAAGUUUACACUCAAGGCCGGAACAACUAUCAAAUCCUUCACGCAUUCCCCAAAAUUCUUCACGACAUGUUGAAGUGCCAAAGGAUGAUAUAAAUUGCAAAAGUGUUCACAUAAGGCCGGAACAACUAUCAAAUCUUUCAAACCAUAUUGCAGCAAAUGAAAUUGAAAAUCGCUCUGGCUCUCCUUCAAUGCUGGAAACACUCCUGAGCAAUUCUGCAAAAAAUGGCACCAUCCUUCAGGUAAAUAAGGAACCAUUCCUGAUCACCUCUGAACAAAAUUGUACUAUCUUACAGGAGAAACCACUCUUGAGCAUUCCUGAAUUGCAAGAGGUUAGAAAUGGAAAUAGCAAUCACUUGGAAGAGGGAACUGUUCCAAAUGUCGAUAACUGUCAUACAGAGGAACCCCGACACCCUGAAGUAGCAGAAGUGGUAAAAAACAAUAGUUCUCGCCGAAAAUGGGUACCUGCUGAACCUGUUGUGUAUAGGAAAAGAAAUAAAUCGCAAAAGAACAACAACUCCGAUAAGAUAUCAGGUAGCAAGAUUAUCGAUGCUUCUACAGAUUUUCCUAGGCUGGCACAAGAGCAGAGCGCAGCUACUCCUAUAUCCCAUAAGAAGGACAUUUUAGCUCAAGAGACUGAUCAAACUGCAUUGGCUGCAGGUGCUAUUGUUGUGGCAGAUUUUCCUGUUACAUCUUCCCAUGAAUGUGAUGUUGAAAAGGAUUUAUCUGAUAACAGGGUUGCUGAUACUGUAAUGUCAGAUCCAGAUGAAAAAGACGACCAUGCCCUUGUUCCCUUAGAUACUGACUUUAAGCAUCUCCGCAAAUUACAGCUCACUAUUGCUUCAAAGGAGAAAUUGCUAUCACAUACUGCACUAAAUGUCCUUUUAAGGAAGAGAGAGCAAUUGUCCCUGCAGAUUCGCAAUAAUGAAGAUGAGAUGGCUUUGUGUGAGAGAAGCAUCCAAGCUAUUUUAAAUGCAGGUAGUGAAGAUGAUUUAGCUGUGAAAUUAGACUCCAUUUUGGAGGGUUGUAACGAGAUAUGUAUGAAAUCUUCUGGGGCAGCUGGGGACAAAAAAGCUCUGCAUCUUGAAGACCAAGACUUGCCUCCAGUAGCAAGAAGGAAACGACUUUCUGAGGCCGACGUCUUUGCACUAAAUCCCAGUCAAGAGUUGGAUCGUAUAUGUAAUACAAACUAUUGGAUGUUACCUACUUACAGCUUAUCAGGAUCCGAAGGUGGCUUCCUGUCUACUGUUACCGUGAAGGGGGUUGAUUUUGAGUGUUCAUCUGAAGGAACAAUGCAUACAAAUCCUCAUGAAGCGAGGAACUCAGCUGCAUCAAACAUUUUGGCUAAAUUGCGGAGUAUGGUAGCUGAGUCAUAGAUCAUCAAGGCAAAAUUUACCUGGAAGUAAGCAUGUUGGUAGAAAUGAGCAACUCAGUGCUUCUUUUUAUUACAUCUAUUUGAAAUUUAUCAGCUGAAAUACCAGUUUAGAAGUGCAGAGGAGACCACAUUGUAAAGUUUAUGUAUAUCUUUAGACCUUUAAAUCCUUAGAUUAUAACAGUGAAUUUUGCUAGAUCUUAGAGUUUCAUAUGUUGAUGCAGAAAUCCCGGCUGAGAAGUCUGGAAAACUGUCCGAAAAUGGUAGAAUGAAUAAUCUUUUGUAGUGGGUGAUGAAUUUAGGCUCACUAUUGCAUGUUAGUUCAGUAACUUGACAUAUAUUGCUGCAUCAGCUAAUAAAUUGAUCUUUGAUUUCAUAUUU